AUGGCGGGAGUUGACUUUUCGAAAGUAUACUCUGCUACCUAUAGCAGUGUACCGGUCUACGAGCUGAAACUCGAUGGAGAAAGCGUGAUGCGAAGACGGUCGGACGACUGGAUCAAUGCAACCCAUAUUCUCAAAGUCGCCGGAUUCGACAAGCCAGCGCGAACGAGGAUACUCGAGCGGGAGGUACAAAAGGGUGUCCAUGAGAAAGUGCAAGGUGGAUAUGGCAAAUAUCAAGGUACAUGGAUACCUCUCCCUGAAGGCCGACUCCUCGCUGAGCGCAACAAUAUAAUCGACAAAUUGAGACCGAUAUUCGACUAUGUUGCCGGAGAUCGUAGCCCUCCACCAGCACCGAAACACACAACCGCGUCAAAACCAAGGGCGCCGAAGAACACAGCUAACCGGAGAACUGUGAACGAGGAGUACGAGAUGAGCACUGGCUUUGACGACAACGAGUCCAUCGAACAAGCGACGCUUGAGUCGUCGUCAAUGAUAGCGGAUGAAGAGAUGAUGACAAUGUCACAGAACGGUAACUUCUCUCGCAAACGCAAGCGUGGAAUCAAUGAGGCGCCUGUGAUGUCCAUCAGCGAACAAGAACACAUACUCUACGGGGACCAGCUCUUGGACUACUUCAUGACAGUAGGCGAUGCGCCCGAGGCUACACGUGUACCACCUCCACAACCACCAUCCAACUUCCAGGUAGAUCGCCCAAUUGACGACUCCGGUAACACGGCCCUUCACUGGGCCUGUGCUAUGGGAGAUCUGGAGAUUGUGAAAGAUCUCUUACGAAGAGGAGCAGAUAUGAAGGCAUUAUCGGUACACGAAGAGACCCCGCUUGUGCGAGCUGUUUUGUUUACGAAUAACUACGAGAAGAGAACUUUCCCUCCGCUUCUCGAUUUACUUUGGGAUACAGUCUCAUUCAGAGACUGGUUUGGUGCCACCAUAUUUCAUCAUAUAGCAGAGACUACGCGGAGCAAGGGCAAAUGGAAGAGCUCACGGUACUAUUGUGAUGUGCUGCUAGACAAGCUGCGCCUCAUGUGCUCGGUGGAAGAAGUCGAUCUUUUGUUGUCCUUCCAGGACUCUAAUGGAGACACAGCGGCCUUAGUGGCUGCUCGGAAUGGCGCUUUCCGCUUGGUGGACUUGCUUCUUGCACGGUGUCCACGGGCUGGCGACUUAGUGAACAAGAAGGGCGAGACGGCUGCAAGCAUUACCCGACGAGCGCAUCCGUCCGAACGCGACAUUCCUCCUCCGCCAUCAUCUAUCACGAUGGGCAACGACCAGUUGGACGGCGAAGCGCCAGGGCCGAUGAAUGUUGACACCCAGCCCGCCACUCUUGCCCAAGAGUCAUCGUCUCCUGCCACCACCGCGUUGCUGUCCAAAAUUGGUGUGAUAAUGGCUGAAGCAAAUAAGAAACUUACUGUAAGCUACGGAAGCUCAAAAGCGAACGGGCAGGACUCUGACGACGUUGCGAACCCGGAAACACUGUACGAGCAACUAGAGGUGGAUCGACAGAAGGUGCAGAAAGAAACAGCUGUCUUACAAGCGCAGGAGGCUGGUGAGCAGCCAAUCGAUGCUCAGCUUGAACGUUAUGAGCAGUUGCGAAGUGGCUACGAGUCACUGCUAGAGCAGAUUCAGCAGGGUCGCCUAAGAGAGCGCAUAUCAUCGGUAGUAGUACCUGCAGCACAGGAGGGUACGACGCCACCCGCCACUGACCAUGAUAAACUGCUACGCACCUAUCAGCUGGCUCGACAACUGUGCUCAGCACAGAAAGCUCGGCGCGCUGCUGUCAAAGACCUUGCUCAGCAGACGGCUGACGCGGGAGUAAGCACCAAGUUCGAUGUCCAUCGGAAGUUGGUGGCACUCGCCACUGGUCUCAAGGAGGAAGACCUCGAUCCCAUGGCUGCUGAGCUAGCCGAAACAUUGGAAUUUGACCGUACGAAUGGGAAGGGCGAUGCGGCGGAGUCGCCAGAUCCUGAGCCCCGAGAAUCCGCAUCUUUUCCUUUCCCCGGGACGACCGUGUCUGUUGAUGCAUGA